AUGUGGCUGGAAGAGAUUGAGGAAGAUAUGUGUCUAGCUAAAAACCAAGAAAAGACGCGUCAAAUAACGCAAUUGUUCGAUUGGGCAUUACAUGAUUUUUACUCUAUCAAUGUAUGGAAACGAUAUAUCGACUUUGUGACAGAUAAACACAUGGAAGCUCCAUCAUCAUUCACUCUAGAUGAAGUUCGAGCUGUGGCAGAUCGAGCCAAAAACGCAACAAAAUUUCACAUUGCGCAAUCUCAUAUUGUAUGGGAUACGAUCCUAGACUUUGAAGAGAAACUGCUCGAGAAGUUAGGACCUGUUUCAGCGCAGUUGGAAACAGUUCGUACUCUAUAUAUCGAAUAUCUAGAUGUUCCCCAUUCUAUGAUCGAUACUACUUGGCAGAGAUACUCUUCGUUCAUUACUAAAUAUUUCAGUGCUGAAUACGAAGCUCGCAUGCUGGACGGUAACGCAAAAUAUAGUGAAUCGAAAAAAGGGCUUAAUCAACGAGAGGUGUACGAAGAUCGAAUAGAUCAGUCGCUCCGACGUUCUGAAGACGCACUAUCUCACUUUCAAGCUUAUAUUGACUUUGAGAAGAGAAACGCGCAUUUUGGUAAGAAGAAGAAGCAGAGUUCUGCGGAUGUCAAAUCUGAAAAACGGAAACAAUUUCACAGGACGCGAUUUUUAUACGAGCGAGCCGUCGCAAUAUACUACACAGAUCAAAUGUUAUGGGACGAUUAUAUUGUUUUCUUAAUUGAUAACAAUGCUAAUACUUCAGAGACAUUCUCAGUCACCGGCCGGGCCAUAAUGAACUGUCCAUGGGCUGGCGAUCUGUGGUGUAGACAUAUUAGGAUGGCUGAGGAGUUAGGAAAAUCGCAUGUCGAAGUUGCUAGAAUAUGGGACGAGGCUUUUGCAAGGGGCAUGCUUAAUAGUGUUGACACCAGUAUGGAACAAGUAGUGAAGGUUCUAAUAGCAAAAUGUGACUACGAAAGACGGAGAAUUUAUUGGACAAGUGACGAUGUAGCGGAUCAAGUUGCGAGAUUGAUUGUUACAUUCGAAGAAGGAUUGAAGAUGGUAAACGAUGGUGACCCCUAUCACAGAAUCGAUAAGUAUUACAUUCAAAUCCUGACACACACCAUGAAUGACAUAGGGAAGGCACGUGAGAUAUGGGAAAAUAUGGUAAAGGUUCACCGAGAAUAUUCCGAGCUUUGGUUAGAGUAUGCCGAAUGGGAAAAGGAGCAGAAGAAUUUUGAAGAGGCGCGAAAGAUAUACAAGAAGGCUGUGAAUGUGAAUUCAGACUGGCCAGAACGCAUAUUUGAUGCUUAUGAGACAUUUGAACAUCAUUUCGGUAGCUUGAAAGAUUUAGAGACAGCUCUUACUCUUAUCCGUAAGCGGGCUAAAGUGGUUGCUGACAAGCGAUCUAAGGACGCUCAGCAGGCUCAAGCCAAUAAUUCAGAGACCACACCUGUUGACGUAAGCAUGAAGAGGAAAGUAGAACACCUCGAUAAUGACGAAAGUGCACCAGCGGCUAAGAGAAGUAAGGGUAAAGAAUAUGCAAAGGUGAACAGAAGGGAUAGAGAACAUGCUACCGUAGUCAUUGAAAAUCUUCCUAGAGGAAUCAAAGAAGGAGAAUUAAAGAGCUUCUUCGACAUCUGUGGAAAGAUAAGGGAAAUAAACAUAUACAAAGAAGACGAUGACACAAUUUCAGCUCAUGUGGAAUUUGUUGACAGAGACAGCGCCGCUGCAGCGUUGACCAAAGACAAAAAGAACAUAGGAGGUCAUGAGAUAACAGUAUACGCAGCGGAUUGCGUUUUAUAUGUUACGAAUUUCUCUGAGGAGAUUGACCGACCUGCGCUAAGAUCUCUAUUCGAGAAAUAUGGUGAAAUAGUCGAAAUGCGCUACCCCAGUCAAAUAUUUAAAAAGCCUCGGAGAUUCUGUUAUGUGGAAUACAAGGAACCAAGAGCCGCCCGUGCAGCGUUAGUGCUCGAUGGCUACGAAGCUACACCUGGUCUGCGACUAAAGGUAGUUAUUUCCAAUCCCGAUCGACGUACGGAAAGAGGUCAGGCCAAUCAGUAUGAAAUUGUCGUUCGUAAUCUCCCCGCGGUGGUUGAAAAGAACGAGUUGAUGGAAUACUUUCGCGGAGCUGGGCAAAUUGUUGAUGUGAGGAUUCCAAUGACAAAAGAUGGUUUGUGUAAGGGGAAAGCUUUUGUCAAGUUCUCAACGGUCGCUGAAGCACAAACUGCUGCCACAUUGCUGAACGAGACAGAAUUCAAAGGCUGUUUGAUUACGGUGGAUCAACUUGGAAAGUCACAGAAUACAGACUCAAAAAAGACCGAAGCGAAUCGAUUUGUAAAAAAGGAAUCAAAACAAGCGUCGGCAGCAGUGAAUAAGUCAUCCACUACUAUUACUUCUUUUAUGCCUCGAGUUGUGAACAAGCGAGGACAAAGCGGCAAAGGGGGUAGGCUUGUAAUGAAAACGUGA